AAAGAGACCCAGGAAAGGGACCCUAGCAGCUUCGAGUUCUCAGUGUGGGCGAAGGCGAGGGAAGAAACGCCUAAGAUCUCCGCAGCCGAGCUCACCAGCUGCAGACACAAGGCCAGCCAUGUCACCGAACUUCAAACUCCAAUGCCACUUCACUCUGAUCCUCCUGACAGCUCUAAGGGGAGAGAGCCGCUACCUAGAGGUGCAAGAAGCCGCAGUCUACGACCCUUUCCUGCUUUUCAGCGCCAAUUUGAAGCGGAACCUGGCAGAGGAGCAGCCCUACCGACGGGCUCUGCGCUGCCUGGACAUGCUGAGCCUCCCUGGCCAGUUCACCUUCACCGCUGACCAGCCGCAGCUGCACUGCGCCGCCUUCUUCAUCGGCGAGCCGGAGGAGUUCAUCACCAUCCACUUUGACCUGGUCUCCAUCGACUGCCAGGGUGGGGAUUUCCUGAAGGUAUUUGAUGGUUGGAUCCUUAAGGGGGAGAAGUUCCCAAGUUCUCAGGAUCACCCUCUGCCCACCAGGGAGAGGUACACAGAUUUCUGUGAGAGCGGUCUCACCAGAAGGAGUGUUACAUCUUCCCAGAAUGUGGCCAUGGUCUUCUUCCGGGUCCAUGAACCAGGAAAUGGAUUCACGAUAACCAUAAAGACAGACCCCAACCUCUUCCCUUGCAAUAUCAUCUCUCAGACUCCGAGUGGAAGAUUUACUUUGGUGGUUCCAUACCAGCACCAAAACUGCAGCUUUUCCAUCAUUUAUCCGGUGACCAUCAAAAUCUCUGACCUCGCCCUGGGACACCUGCAUGGCCUUCAGUUGAAGAAACCUGCGGCUGGCUGUGGUGGAACUGGAGACUUUGUGGAGCUGCUGGGAGGAACUGGACUGGACACCUCCAAGAUGAUGCUCUUAGUGGACCUGUGUUACCCCUUUCAUGGCCCUGCCCAGAUGAAAAUUAGCUGCGACAAUGCUGUGGUGAGGAUGGUCUCCAGUGGAAAACACAUGAACCGUGUGACUUUUGAGUAUCGUCAGCUGGAACCACUCGAGCUGGAAACCUCGACCAGAAACAGCAUCCCGGAGUACUGCUUGUCUAGUCUUUGAAUGACCAGCUUCAGUGACUGGCAUGCCGUUAGCCCAGUGAGUUCUCCACAGUUAUUUUGGACGGAGUGAAAAGCCUUCCAGUCAGUAUUCCAGGCUUUGAAAACCUGCACACAUGACUUCCAAUUUCGCUUCCUUUUGUUAUAAUGUAUCAACGAGCAGAAGGCAGAUAACAGGUGCCUGUUGGAAAUGCUUGGCCAUUUUGGUGUGCUGCAGACAAGAACUGGUGAAACAAGGGUCCAGCAAGUGAGGAAGAGAGCUGUGUGGCAAGGGCAGGUGCUCCAAAGAGAAAGAAAUGGCAGCACUCACCGUUUCAUGGCAUAAUAAUAAUAAUAAUAAUAAUAAUAAUAAUAAUAAUAAUAAAAGUCUUGAGUAUACCAAAGGAAUUGUAUCUGUUAUUUUUACUUCAUACUUCUGUUUACAAAUUGUAGCUAUCCGUUAUUAAUUGGUAGUACUUGUUUUUUAAACAACACUUUGUAGCAUGGGAACAAAACCUCCUUUCUAUUCAUAAAUCCAAAUGCAAAUAAAUGUAUGCAGAAUGUUGGCAUCUUG